AUGUUGGCCGAAAAAAUAUUAAAAGGAGAAGAAGUUGAUAUUAGCAAGGCAGAUAUUAAUUCUAACAAGAAAAAAGAAUUAGUUCUUUUAGCUCGGCUAAAGAAUGGCGAGGAAGUAGAUUUAGAUAAAGAGGACUUAGACUCCGAAGACAAAGAAAAAGUUAAAAAAUUUCAAGAGAUGAUUAAGAAUGGCCAAAUACCGACUAACCCGAAGCCCAUUAAUGUUCCCGUUCCUAAACCAUUAGCCGGUCAUAAAUAUGCCGUAAUUUGUAAGGAUUGUAAGAAAGAAUAUAGCACUAAAAAUAAAAUCCCUAGUAGAUGUAAGGAGUGUAGUAGCAAAAGCAUUAAAGUUUAUGGGACUAGCGGACAAGAGUUAAUUAUUCCUAUUAAAAAUGAUAACAAGGAUAAUACUAAUAUUCCACCAACUCUCAUAAUACUAUUCCUAAUUUUCUCCAUAAUUAGUAGUAUAUUCUUUUGGAGAAAAGAUGAUAAAAGCAUGACCGAAUUAGUCAAACGGAUUGCUAAACACAAGAAACAAAUUGAAGAAUUAAAAAAGCAAAAAUUAUUAGAAGUUUUGCGGGAAUUUUAUAUUAAAAAGAAAAUUAACCACGCCUUGCCUAAUCCACAUAGUAAAUAUAAUAGCGUUUAUCUUACUUAUCUUCGUUGA